GAAAAAUAUUUGAUUGGUCAAUGUCGAAAUUUGAUUAAAGAAAUUUAUAAAGAAAAGAAAUCAACAAAAUAUGUAUUUUGUGAUUAUGUUGAGGUAGAUUUUGUUAAGGUUAUUGUUCGAAACUUAUAUAAUAUUAUUAAUAAUAAGUUUCUUUAUAUUGAAAGAUUUGGUG